UCCGGCUGCAAGAUUGGCCCGUCCAUCCUCAACAGCGACCUGGCCAGUUUAGGGGCCGAGUGCCUCCGGAUGCUGGACUCUGGGGCGGAUUAUCUGCACCUGGAUGCACCCUGCUCUUCAGGGAGGUCAGUUUUUUGAGGAAAAAAAUUUGAGGAGGUUCAGCCCCUUCCUCAGUGUCCCACUGGAAGAGGCAGAGCCUGGCUGAGCUGCAGUGCCUCCUAGGCCCAAGGCAUUUUGUUCCCAACAUCACCUUUGGUCACCCUGUGGUAGAAAGUCUCCGAAAGCAGCUAGGCCAGGACCCUUUCUUUGACAUGCACAUGAUGGUGUCCAGGCCAGAACAGUGGGUAAAGCCAAUGGCUGUAGCAGGAGCCAAUCAGUAUACCUUUCAUCUCGAGGCUACUGAGAACCCAGGGGCUUUGAUCAAAGAUAUUCGGGAAAACGGAAUGAAGGUUGGCCUUGCUAUUAAGCCAGGAACUACAGUUGAGUAUUUGGCACCAUGGGCUAAUCAGAUAGAUAUGGCCUUGGUUAUGACAGUGGAACCUGGGUUUGGAGGACAGAAAUUCAUGGAAGAUAUGAUGCCAAAGGUUCACUGGUUGAGGACUCAGUUCCCGUCUUUGGACAUUGAGGUUGAUGGUGGAGUAGGUCCUGAUACCAUCCAUAAAUGCGCAGAGGCAGGAGCUAACAUGAUAGUGUCUGGCAGUGCCAUUAUGAGGAGUGAAGACCCCAGAUCUGUGAUCAACAUGUUAAGAAAUGUUUGCUCAGAAGCUGCUCAGAAACGUUCUCUUGAUCGAUGAAGCCACAAGGAGUCCAGUGUUUCUGCUCACGAGAUCUCCUUUUUACUGGAAAAUAAGAAUAUUGACUACCAAAUCGUACCACAGUUGAGGCAGUGCUGCUUUUCUAAGCAAUUAUUCAUUCCUGUGACUAAAAUCCAUUAUGCAGAAUGUUCCAAGAGGUUAGAAAUUGGUGUGUAUAUUUUUAGUGAGGAAAUUUAAAGAUUAGUGUGGUAAAAUACAGUUUUUACUGGGAGACUUGAUUUUUAUAAAGAGUAAAAAUAUGGCUGUAUUAAGGGUAUGAACAGAAAUGUGUCUUAAUGCCUAAGGAAGGCAUAUUAGCUACUAUGAAAAGAAAUGUUUUUUUCUGAAUUUCUAAAGAGAAUUUUCUUUUGUUUCUUGGCUGUUUUCUGAAAGCAAAGGAAGUCCUGUUUUUCCUGUUUCGUGUCAUUUUCGAUUUGUGUAUAUGCAUGAUAACUAAGUUUGGAUCUGGCUGGGAUGCCUCUUCUAGCUUCAGAAACAUCUAUUUUUUACUUUGCACCUUAUGUUUGAUACAUUAAUAAAAGCAGUUUAUUAUGAAGCCCAGGGAUUUUCAGGUAGUCCAUUCUAAAAUACAAGCACAAGUUUUAUCAGGGUGUUUUUUUUGUUAGCUUUGCUAGAGGCAGGUUAUUCAGUGGUUCCUCCCCUUCCCCCACCCCCAACCCCAUUUCUACUUUUUCUUAAUUACAUCCACUGUUCUUAAGGACAUAAAAUAACGUUUUGCUAGCUCUAUGCUUAAAAGGAGAGGAAGGCCUCUAUCUGGAAGUAAUAUUAAGUUAAACCCUGACUCUUCCCCUAUUUGUUUGACCUUAGCAGACCAAACCAGCCAACCUCUUUGAGCCUCUAUUAACUGAUUUUUACAUUGAAUGUAAUCAUAAUUAACAGUGUGGGUUUGUGUUGAGGAUUAAGAAAUACUAUUAUAUAUGUAAAGCUUCCACUACUAUUCCUAGAAUUGUAGGGUAGUAGAAUUGAGGAUGCUCAGUACAAAGUAGCUAUCAUUAUAUAAAUUUAUGUUUUGUAGAUUAUAAAUUAUGUUAAUAUAAUCUCAUUAAACCUACAGAUCAGUCCUAUGAAUGUUUGUCCCCAUUUAAAAAAUGAAGAAACUAAAGCUUAUCAACAGGCUGGUACCAUGGAAAGGAUCCAGUAAAGCAUAGGAUUUCUGGUCUGUACUCUUUUUACAGAUAAAGCCAUUGGGGAGUGGCUUAAGCAAGCAAAGGAAGCUUCUUUUACUUAACAUUAUCUUAUUUCCAGUCUAACUUUACCCUGUAGCAAAACCAGAUGGCUGAGAAUAUUCUGCAACUAUGGAUUUUGACUCCAAGGAUAUGUAUCUUAUUAAUCCAAGACAGACCAGGUAGGCUAAUAUAUGACAAGGUACAGAGUUAAUUCGUAUUUAUGACUGUGCCCCAGAUUACACUUCAACAGUAGAUCUAUAUUAACUACUUUGUUCUUGUAAAUACUCUUGCUGGGUAAUACACAUGGCAAGAAAUAACAGGACCAGUGUCAUUAAACUUUUUCAGGCUACUGUGUAUUUUGAGAAAUAAGGUUUGGAAAAUAAGAAUGUUAACAGUUAAGCAUAGAAUAGAGUUCUUGGUUUCUUCUGUGUUACAAGGUAAAAAUUUGUUUUUAUUUUGGCUUAGGAAAGGCUUGUGCCACACAGGUGACGACAUUUAAUCAAAUCAGACAACACACGGCAUAUAGAAAUAACUUUAAUUAAAAAACUUACAUAGAAGAUUAUAAUGUCAGACAUGACAAAAAAAAUGAGUUUAUUUGCCUGGACAACUUGGGUUUGUUCUGGCUUUUGUUUUGUU